AUGGCCGCUUCUCACUUACGAUUUGAAAGCGAGCUAUCGUUAAGUGAAAAUUGUGGCAACGGCCCUAAAGCAGUUUUGCCGAAGUGGGGGCUCAGACUUAUUGCGUUUAUUCAAUUAAUAAGAAACCUCUCUGCCUCUUCAGAUUCUGGUAAUAGUGCUACUUACCCACUUGCUCACUAA